UUUAGCUUUGUACAUAUAUAAUCAAUAUAUUUAUAUUACGGACGGAUCACAUAUUUACUCAUUAACAUUUGAUUGAAAAUGAAUCAACACGUUUUAUCAAGCAGUUUCAUGGAAUGGCCAUCAAAAGGCUGAGGCAAGAACAGAAUCAAUCAACCACAACAAACAGACGUCCAGUGAAGCAGCGCUGGUCGCAAUGGGCAUCGCAAAAAGGUACACAAUACACAUGAAAUCCACUUUCGGCGGUGAGAUUGGUUGCUCUGUUUGCUUUACGAUUUUUAAGGGAUUUUUUUUAUAUAAGCAAAAUUGAACGCGACGACAGAAUAUUCGACAUGAAAUUCUCAGCUUCGGGAUCUAAGGAAACAGCACAGGGCAUUUGAAGUCGAUUUUUCGGAGAUCACAUCGUGGUGCGAGGCGGAAACUGUGGUGAAAAUCGUCGAGGAAAGUGCUUGCGCGCAAGUAUUUCAAUCGGGAAGAGAUAUGGAAACAAUCGGCGCGAUUCUAUGAUGCAGAAGGUUUAAUCAGCAAAAUUGCCUCUGCCUCUGCCUCCUCCGACGAAUUCGGAACAUUCAGGAGCGACGUUUCUCCCCUAAUUCUCGCAGAUUGAAGCCGUUUCCAGCGCUUUUGGCGAAAACUGUGUCCUCGGGUACGUGUAUCGAACUUGGAAUCGAAAUGGAUCGUGUUCUCUGUUAACUUCGUUCUUUCCUCCUUCUCGUUGAGAGAUUAGAUCGGAUCACCCGCGACGUGAGGAUGGCACCACAACGCCGUCGUCUUCCACUCUUCUUCCCGAAGGAAAUGCGAUCAUUGAAAAUUGCAUCGACAUUUUCCAGUGGAGCGAUUCCUAGAAAUCUCGUCGAUUGUUCCCGACGUAGAUAACAGCGGCCCUGGAAUCGGCCAACCCUUGGACUUUGCCGGAUCCGUGGUAGACUGAAACUAUGGCGGAUAAGGAGAAUAUAUUUCGAGUCACUCGGGGUUCCAAGAGGAGAGCGGCGGAGGCUGCAACUCCCGACGACCGCUCAGCUAACAAGAGGAGAGUCGUGCUCGGAGAGCUCCCAAUUUUACAGAAUGCUAGUGCUUCGCUCGAUCGCAAGUCCAAGUCGAAAACGAGCAGACAGCGACGGAGGGUGAAAUCAAGGGAUACACCAGGGACGAGUGCUGCAGCUGAAAUCAACACGCUUCCCGAAGGUGACGUCAAGUUAGCAGACGAUGGGGAUUCCGACGACCCUCAAAUGUGCAGGGUUUACGCCUCUGAUAUUUAUGAGUAUCUUCGCGCAAUGGAGACUGAUCCAAGAAGAAGACCCUUACCGGAUUACAUUGGAAGGGUACAGAAGGAUAUAAGUCCCAAUAUGAGGGGAAUUUUGGUGGAUUGGUUGGUUGAAGUUGCAGAAGAAUACAAACUUAUUUCAGACACUCUUUAUCUCUCCAUUUCAUAUGUUGACAGAUACUUAUCUCUAAACGCCAUCAGCAGGCAAAAACUCCAAUUGCUAGGUGUCUCUGCCAUGCUUAUUGCCUCAAAGUACGAAGAAAUCAGUCCUCCACAUGUCGAAGAAUUUGUUUAUAUCACAGAUAAUACCUACAACAGAGAAGAGGUGGUUGAGAUGGAGGCUGAAAUAUUGAAAUCACUGGAAUUCGAACUUGGCAAUCCCACAAUAAAGACAUUCUUAAGGAGAUUUACCAUGAUUGCUCAAGAGACUUAUGAAUAUAAUACUUUGCAAUUUGAAUUCUUGGGCUAUUAUCUUGCUGAGUUAAGCCUGAUAGACUACAAUUGUGUCAAAUUCUUACCGUCUCUCACCGCUGCAUCUGUUAUCUUUCUAGCACGAUUUAUGAUCCAACCGAAGAGGCAUCCUUGGACUUCAAGGUUAGAGCACUGUACUGGAUAUAAGCCAGCUGAUAUGAAGGAUUGCGUUCUUCUUAUACAUGAUUUAUAUCUCAGCAGAAGAGGAGGUGCUUUGGCAGCUAUAAGGGAGAAAUACAAACAACACAAGUACAAGUUUGUGUCUGUCAUGCCUUCUCCUCCAGAGAUUCCUGUUCCAUAUUUUGAAGAUGUUAGAAUAUGACUGUACAAGAUGACAAUAGUAGUUAGGAACUUACGAUAUGGGAGUGAAUAGAAAUUUAUAUUAGAUAGAAUAUGAAUUCCAGAGGCAUGGUUCGGUUUCGAUCUACACAAGCUCUACAAGGCAAUUAGCUGAUCAGCGGGUGUGCGCUUGGAAUGGAACAUUUUUGUGCACUGGAAGGCAAGCCAAAGCAUGAAGGCAAAGCUGGCAUAUUUUCCCUUCAACAUUCAUUGCAAUUUCUUCUUCCCUUGUAAAGAUUUCUUUUGGAAAACAGAUAACCCAAUGUUGCUCACYUAUUAGAUUUUAGAAUGUGUGUAGUCAAGUACUAUGAACUGUACAAAAUUCAGCAAUGCACAUCAUGCAUUGGGCCGGAAGCCCACUUGAAGCAUAAAGUUGUCAAA